UUCCAUCUCCACUUUCCACACAGCACCAGCUAGAUGGUGUGGGCACAGGAAAGAGCAACAGGCGAUAGACAGCAUUGAUAAUCCCAGCCCCAUCAGCAGCAGUGGAUAGGUGUGAUAGCAGCAACGACCCGUCACGGCCGCAGGCAGAGAUCGGUUGUCUCAGGGAGAGGCGUUGAAGUGUUUCCCCCCCGAUAACCCGAACCGCUCCAGGGGGGCACCACGAUGGCGGCUCGAGCGGUCAAAGGGUUGGUGCUCACCGCCACUGUGCUGCUGUUGAAGAGGACCGACGAUUGCAUGCCGCAUCACCAGCAGAUUCAUGACAUGCAGCAGGACGUUCGCCGCUCCGCCAUUUGCAGGGGCGUCAACCCGCUUCAACACUUCGGGAGCAAGAUGGCGGUUCCCAUGGCAGGUUCCCUCCCGGCUGCUUCUGCUAUUUCCGCGAGCAGCAGCCUGUCGGCGCAGCCUACGAGCGCUUAUCAUGUCGAUCUCGGGUCAGGUGAAACCUGUGACCUGGAGGACGCGGAGUGUCACGGCGACGACACAGACAAGAUGACCUUCUCGGUGCUGUGCUGGAUCUGCACGUUCUUCGUCUCGUUCAUGGUCGCGCGGACGAUCAUCGUGGCCGCCGUGUACGUCGCGGGAUCGGCAACGGCCCUGUUCGUGGCGAUCGGGGGUAUGGCGUCCGGCCUGCGCCUGGAGGUGGCCCUCCUCCUUGGCUAAGGGUGAAGGGCGGGCGGGCGCGCUCUGAGAGGCCUGAAUCUGGCGGCGACGAUGCCUGACCACAUUGCCUCGCCGGCCCAGGGCAGCGGGAGGCACUCCGGCCACCACCAACAACACCGGCGGUGGACAGAGUCUGACGCUUUUGCUGGAGGAGGAGGCGGGGGAGGCGGAGGAAGCCACGCCCUUUGUCCCCAGGCCUUCGCGCGUCGUGUUCUCCAACACCGACCGCUUCGUGGCCCAACGCGCACGACGAGAACAUGGACGAUGUCCGUCCUCGUUGCACCUGUAAAACACAUCGCAGACCCCCCCCCGGAGGGAAAAAUGACGGAGUAGCGACUAUUCGGAGGGACCGCUUCGAUAUAUAACAAACGGCAGUGGUGUCGAAUGAUUCCUGGUGCAACAGCAGUGCUUUAAGUGGAAUUUAAACGGAAACAGUUCGUUACCUGGGUUCAUGUUCUCGAGGAAGGAGUUGUUGAUAUUAUAGGCAUUAAUUACAGUGCCACCAAUUAUUGUCGAUCUAUUUUCGUGAGUGCUUUCGUCAACGAUUGUUAAUGGUGGCAGGAAAGCACGACCUUGUCGCUUUCUUGUACUGUGUGGGGGCACGUUUGGUUGCCACAUCGAGUUGUUUCACCCCACGUCCCGUUCCGACAUCUCGGGAACUCUUGGAGGGCUGUAGGCAAGCUGAGUGCCGUGUUGGCACCGGGAGCCGUUGGUAAAUUGGCUCGUGUGUGUGUCCCACGUUUUGUCGCAAAGAUGGGUGCAGCAGUGCCGACCUGUUCGUAACCAAGGUCUACUAUUUUCAGCAAGGGUCAAAGCCUUACAAUGAUUUCAGCAAGGGGAUAUUUAUCUAAUCAGCUGCAAGUAGGUUGUAGUGACGCCGGCGACUAAGCCCAAUUUCUUACGCCAUCAAAGUACUAUUCAAGGUUCUGAGCCUCAAUUUCUUGUGAAGAUGACAAAAUGCUUUUUGUGAGCAGACCGUCGCUGUAUGCUGUAAAAAAGCGGGCAGGAGGAGGGAAACUUCGGAAGGGAGAGAACCCUCUCGAGAUUGCGGUAGGGAAUGAGGAGUGGCGAAGGGGUCGAGAAACCCGCCUGAACUACAGUCGAAGCGUGCCUCAUCUGCAGUAGGAUUGCUGUCUCUCUCACUCGAAAUCGUCUAUAGUCUAUACAACAUCAUCAUCUCCGACGGCUACUGAGCCUCGUGUUGCCGUGUUCGCUCUUCCUAGCCAAACUAGUCGGCUGCUGCGAUAGAAACUGUUCCAGCAGCAAGUACAAUUUGGAACGUACCGGGGUUGGUGCAAACGUACCCCACACUACUAAUUGCCGUGAUGCGGUUUGGGCAUCGCCAGCAAGUCCCUCUGUGUGCUCAUCCAAUCAGUCAGUUGGUCUCUGACAGUCACGCACGCGGAAGCUUGCUUAUUGACGACUUUGACGGGCUGUGUGUGUGCGGGUGUUCACUUUGGCAGCAUGUACAUGUGCGCACCAAAUCCUUCAAGUAUGGCCACUUUAUGGAAACCUUAGGUGUGUGUGUGUGUGUGUGUGUGUGUGUGUGUGUGUGUGUGUGUGUGUGUUUGUUUUUCGUCCUAUUUACUAUGGCGACAGACAGUCCCCCCAUUCUUCGUGGUGAGACGUGUACUAAACUUUUCAGCUUUUCUACAACUACAAUCAUCCAGGGUCACACUGGAGGGGGGUAAACACCACCGGGGCUUUUUUUCUUCUUGUUAUUUCUUUUCAUGCCCCACCUUCCUCCUGCGGUGCGUGCUGAAUUUUAUUUUUAUCGCGAGAAGGGUUCAGCUGUCCCUUUCCCUCGUCAACGGUGCUAACGUCGAAGUUUGGUACUCACGAGAGCUUGUCAGCUAUAUUUCGCUUUCACCUGCACAUUUCGUGAAUAUUUUCACCCCAUGGGGAUUC